GUUGUGGAAAUUGUGGUGAAUAGUAACUAUAACUAGUAUUUGCACGUAAUUAGCAUGUAAAUAAUACACAUUUUGCGAUGGUAACCACACCAUCGAUACACUCCGCAGAUCGAGUCGGACCCACUUUUGGAAUGGUUGUGAGAGAGAGAAGUUCGAGCCAAAGAAUAAUCAAUAAAAAUACUUAGAACUACCGGGAUUGUGUUUUGCAUACGGUAUCCUCGCACCGCAAAAUCACUCACAUCGCGUUUUUUGGACGACCUACAAAAUCAAAUUCGAAAAUGAAGUUCAAGUAUCAAAUGAAACCGAAACCACUCAAAUACAUUAAACACGCUCUUCGGCAAUUGGCACACGCUCUUGGCAAGGCCCUGUUAUAUUUGGGCACUCCCCCCCUGUGCCCGGUCCAUCAGAGCGGCGUUUUAACCCAACUCCACUGCCAAUACCUGGGCUGCUGUCCGUUGUGCAAUCUGUGCGGGUUCUCAGACUUCGCAGAGACAUGUACGAGACCAUCUUGCUUGUGCUCCGGCGGCCCUACCGAUUCGUCUGCCCCACGGAACUAUUUUUCGACAGCUUCUGGACCGAGAUAUAGUGAGAUGGCAUAGCAUGACAACUAAAUAAAUUGAUUAAUGGUGGCGGAGUAAAA